AUGUCACCCCCAAAGUGUCCCAGGCUCACAACAUUGUUGUUGUCUCAUUGCAAUAUAGUGAGUAUUCCAGAAGGAUUUUUCAAGCAUAUGGAUGCACUUAAGGUUCUUGAUCUAUACAGAAAUCCUAUCAAGAGUCUUCCAAUUUCCUUGUCGAAGUGUCCCGGGCUCACAACAUUGUUGUUGUCUGAUUGUCGUAUAGAAAGUAUUCCAGAAAGCUUCUUCGAUGAUGCGAAUGAACUCAAGAUUCUUGAUCUUUCCUUCAAUCCUAUCAAGAGUCUUCCGCAUUCCUUAUCAAAUUUGAAGAACCUCACUUCAUUGUUGCUUGCUUAUUGUAAAGAUUUAGAGAAUGUUCCAUCGUUGUCAAAUCUUGGAGUUUUAAAGAAGUUGAAUCUUCGAGGAACAAAUAUCAAGGAAAUCCCUGAUGGGAUGGAAAACUUGACUUGUUGUCUUCAAGACUUGAUCGUCGGUGAAACUCUGAUAAAUGGAAAGGAGGUUGGUGAAUUGAAGAAACUGCAGGGAACUCUUGAAGGGAGGUUUCAUGACUGGAACAACUUAAAUAUGUAUCUCGAAGCUUGUCGUGGCCGAGAAGAGCCUCGUCAAUACAUAAUCUACGUGGGAGAUAUAGGCUUUCCUACGUUUUUUGAAGGUGCAAGAAAAGAAAUUGUUGUAAGUGGUUGUAACAUCUAUACCUACCAGAUUGUGCUUCCACGUGACAAUGAGGGAUUGCAAAUUAGGGAAUGCAAUGUUGAUUGCAGUGAAGAAUACCCUCUUUUCUCCAGGUUUAUCCUCUUCUCACUUUCCUCCUUUUCAUCUCUUAGAUCUCUUAAAAUAAAUGAUUGCAGAAAUAUGAAAAAGUUGUUCUCCCCAAAUUGUGUGCCGCUAAAUUUACAAAUACUCAGUGUUGAAGGGUGUAAGCAAUUGGAGGAAAUAAUAACAUCAGAAGUUGAGACGGCGGAAAGAGGAAUGGUUAUCACCGAGUUUUAUCUUCCACAAUUGAGCCUAUUGAGUUUGUGGGAUCUACCGGAAUUAAAGAGCAUUUGCAGUGCUGGUGGAGUACUGGUUUGUGAUUCUCUUCUACAAAUUGAGAUUGUAGACUGUCCAAAAUUAAAGAGGAUGGGUCUUAAUCUUCCCAAACUUGAUAAUGUCCCACCAUCUGCAUCUGCAUCUGCAAAUCUUUCUCUUUCAGUUCGGAUAAUACCAAAGGAGUGGUGGGAAUCAGUGGAAUGGGAUGGUCCCCAACCCAAGUCUCUUUUCGACCCCUUCGUGAACUCAUGUUUUCUUAUUUAA